GUUCAACCGUUUUCACUUCGAACAAGAUGGCUGCCAAUUUAUUCACUCGCCUUUCUCGAGACUUUGGUGAAUUAUUGGAAUCUUCAUUUAAUCAUGAUGUUGUUAUUCAAGUAGGUGAAAUCCCUCAUGUUACGGAAUUUCAUGUACACUCUAUUAUUCUUGCUACACGGUCUCCUUACUUUCGUUCGGCUUUAUCUGAUAAAUGGGUUAUAAGACAAGAAAAUGGCUUGAUUACCUUUAAAAAACCAAAUAUUUCUUCAAAAAUAUUUAAACUUGUAUUAAAUUACAUUUAUACUGGUGCAAUUAGCUUGGAGAAUAAAGAAUUAUCUGAAAUAUUAGAAUUUUUCAUUGCUUCAGAUGAAUUAUUACUUGACGAAAUUAUGGUAUAUAUCCAAGAAUAUCUUCUUAAAAAUGAUGAUAUUUGGGCAACAACAAAAAAUUCGGUCAAAAUAAGUCGUAUCCUUCCUGAUUGUUCUGUUAGUGCCAUAUUUCAAAAUUCUUCUUAUGGACCCACUUUCGGAUAUCCUGAUUUAUUUAUAUCAUCAAAUUGUAAUCAAACUAAUAGUUCAGAUUGUAAUUGUAAUCAUUAUUAUGAAAAGAAUUUUAGCGUGACCGAUUUUUUUGUUGAAGAUUAUGAA